ACUCAGGGCCUUCCCUCUCUUCUCUUUUCUCACAAACUCCAUCCAUCAACCAAUUCUCUCAAUCAAAGCCUCUUCUUCUUAACUUGCCUUCUCAUUCCAAAAUGAAGUUACUUGGUUGGAUGCACCGUAAGUUCCGACAAGGUAGCGGCGAACCUCUCAAAGAUUUCUCCUCCGGGCACCCUCCAUUGGAUGACAUCCAAUGCUACCCCAAGGCAAACCAUUACUUCACAAAGUCCUCCAGCAAAUCCCAAAGGGACAACCACCUCCUCCUCCUCCGCAAAUCCUUCGCCGACAGCCGGACAGCCAACGAGUCCGACCACCACGGGCAGUACUACGACGAUGAAGACCUGCAGCGGGACUCGUCGGCCGCCGCGCUCUCCGACCUCUUCCACGGCUUCCUCGCCAUCGGGACGCUCGGCGGGGACCACCCGCUGGGCGGCGGCGGCGGGGACCCCUAUGCGACGCCCACGUUCUCCAUCUCCGUGGACAACAUCGCGGAGAAGGAGACGGGGGAGGUGACGGAGAGCGACCUCCGGAUGAUCAACGACGAGCUCGAGAAGGUGCUCCUCGGGGACAGCGCGGGUGCCGACCAGAUCGCGUCCGGCCGGAGCAGCCUGGUCAGCAACCCCAGGAGCAGUCACUGUAGCACUAUAACACUGAGCCGGAAACAGCUCGAGAGCAUAGAAGCCGCCGCUGCGGCGGGGGCAGCGGCAACCAACAUCUGCCCCCUCCAAGGCUACCUCUUGGGGUCCGCCGCCAUCGGGGUGUCCGAGACGGCGGCGAACAAGAAAGAGCCAAGGCCUUCACUGGGAGAGCUCUUCCAGAAGACCAAAAUGGUGGAUGAGAGUUCAUAUGGAAACAAAGGGGAGAGUAAUAAGAAGGAGAAUGAUAAAUCAACUGUUCAUCAUCUCUUGAAGAAGAUACUAAAGAAGGGAAUGAUUCAUCCUUCUUCUUCUUCUAAGGGCUCUUCCACUGCAGACUCUGCUGCUGACACUAAAUUCAACAAGGUGCUGCAAAUGUUCCACAGGAAAGUGCAUCCUGAGAGCAUAGCAGCAACAGAAAAGCUUGAGAAGCCAUCCAACAAGCAGAACCAACUUAUGUAUGACAACCUUCUGGCCGCCGCCGGCGGCGAAGAUGUAGCUCUUGUUCCCAAGCGCCGCAUGUCAAAUUGCGGCGGCAUGAGGCAUCUCAAGAGCCAAUCCGGCCUGCGCCACCAGCUGGCCGCCGGCGAUCCCAAUGUCAACAAAGAAUGUUGGAUCAAGAGUGACGCUGACUAUUUGGUUCUGGAGCUCUAAAGCAAGAAAGAAGAUGGGAUAGAUCCACCAGAUUCACUGCCAGCAAACACUACUGCGUCGUGUUUGGGUUCAUGAAACUCAAUCUUUGUUUCAUAUUUUCUACCUUCUAAAGUAAUUAAUCAAUUACUACUAUUAUAUAUAUAAAUGUCUGAGUGAGUGAGUGUGAAGUGAUAAACUUUGCAUCAGCAUCUAUCUAUCUAUCUAUCAGAACAAUAAUUUAAGAUGUAUUAAAGAGUGCUUUCAUUC